AUGGAUGCAGCUCCUUGUGGUGAUCCAGCAGCGAGCUCCCUGAAGUUCCGUGUGAAUGCCUUGGAGCAACAGGCGGAGCUGGCAGAUCUGAAGAGGCAGCUGGAUGCCGCCACCACGCUGGGGCAGCGCCAAGAGCAGCGGCUUCGGCAGCAUCGAACAUCAGUGCGAGAUUUAUCGCACCAGCUCGAGGAGUUGGAGCAGCGCGUGGAUGGUGUGCAGAAGCGAGUGGAAAAUGUGAGCAGAAGCAUUAGCCGUUCUGCAGAGGCGGUGGGUGUUCAGGAGAAACGGGGACAGCAGCUUGACCAGCUGGCCAAUUCUUCUUCACUCAAGCGUGGUGCAGCCUCGGCCCUUUCUCAUGGCUCGCCCAAUUCAACGCGUGUUUCAAACUCCAGAGCAGACGUCAAGAUCGAGGACAAGCUCGAGGAGCUGGAGAGGAGACUCUGGCAAGCCACGCAGGAGUUUGACCGGCGCUUGACGGAAGAGGCAGAGCGACGGUCGGCAGGACACGAAGAGGUCCUUGGUGUGUUGGGGCAAGGUGUGCAACAGCUGCGUUCAGAACAGGCGAGACACGCCAGUGAGCUCACAGAGAACUCCCGCACAGAGCAAAGACGUGUGCGUCAGAGCAUCAACGACUCGCAUGCCCAGCACCUCGAGCAGCAGCAGCAUCUGGAGAGGCUAGAAACUCGCAUGGACACGGCCAUUCAGGCCCUAACCUUCGAGUGCCAGACGUUGCACAAAUCUUUGCCGCGGAUAAUGCAUACCUCGGCGUCCGUGGCGCUGGGUGCCGAAGGAGAUGAGUCGGGGCGGAUGCGGUCCUCUUCCUCUUUGCGUGGCGGAGACCGGCCUCUACGAGGCGCAUUGAAGCAGUCCUCGUCAUUUCUCAGUGCCGAAGAAGGAGAUGCAUCCGGGCGGGUGCGGUCCUCCAGCCUUCCGCCCUUCCCACCUCAGGAGUUGCGUCGUGUCAGGACCGCUUCCAAGACCGAGGAGCUAGCACCCACCACAGAGGCUGCAUGCCACGGCCGCCACAGCCACCAUGGCCAAAAUCAUUGCCCCCCAAGUCAUCACAGUCACCACACUCACAGCACGCACAGCGCUCACCACCCGCACCAAACUCACCAAACUCACCAAACUCACCAAGCUCACCAAGCUCACCAAACUCACCAAACUCACCAUAGUCACACUCACCAGCACCACAGCAUCCCAGUGCCUUCCCAGCCACCUCCCCAGCAUGCCUGGACGUCUGCGGCUCAACACAAAAACUGGGCCCUUCCUGCGCUGCAGUAUACGCCUAUGCGCAUCUCAGUCCGCUGA